AUGGGAUACCCAUGUACAAAUGGGAGCCCAUCAUUCUGCGUCGUCUUUUAUGGGCUCCCAUUUGUAACGUUUUUCUGGUUUUCUGCCGAAGAACUUGACCAGAAUGAUGACAAUACCCAUGUAAACCCUCUCGACGAAGAGCAUCAGAGACAUGAUCAGGCACAGGACAACUGCGAUUCUCAUGAGAAGGACGAUCAACGGGGCUUUGACCUGACCCCAAAUCAAUCCCAUUUGCAUCGCAAUGUCAUCUCUGGUCCCUUGAAACGCAUCUGGUUUCCAGUUCUAUUAUCUUUAUUGAAUCCAAUGGGCAGCAGCUCAGGAGAAGAGUCCGAUAUAAGCGAAUCGGAGAUGGAAAAUUACUUAGAAAGAUCAUAUGAACAACUUAAAAAUGGAAAAUACAGGGUCAAGAAUCCAACAGCUACCUUUAGAUGCCCUUUCUGUUUAGGGAAGAGGAAACAGGAAUACCGUUUUACUGAGCUUCUUCAGCAUGCCUCUGGAGUAGGCACCGGUUCGUCAAACAGAAGCAUAAAAGAAAAAGUGAACCACCUUGCACUCGCAAAAUAUUUGGAAAAGGACAUUGCCCAUGAAUCAGGUGCAUUGCAGUCCCAGGAUGAAAUGAAAAGCAUUGGCAAAGUGACCGAACACCCCAAGCAGAAUGAACUCUUUGUUUGGCCUUGGAAAGGGAUUGUUGCUAAUAUAAGCAAGCCAAGGCAUUUCAAUGAAGUCAGCGAAUGUGAACAUUGGCUAAGGAAGUUCUCUGAACAUGAGCCUAGAAAUGUGCAUUUUAUAUGGCAUGAAAAGGAUUUUAGAGGAUAUGCUAUAUUUGACUUCAAUGACGAUUGGAUUGGAUUCAACAAUGCCAUAGAGUUUGAAAAAUCUUUUGAGGUUUCUCUUCAUGGUAAGAAGGACUGGGAUGCAUGGAGAAGGCAUCCUGGCUCAAAGAUUUAUGGAUGGUGUGCAAGGGAAGGUGAUUAUAAUUCAGAAGGGCCAAUUGGGGUUUAUCUCCGUGAGAAAUCAGAAUUGAAAACAGUUGUGGAUAUCAUGCAAGAAGCAACAAAGGCAAGAAAUACAGUGGUGAUGAAUCUAGAAAACGAACUUGAUAUUGCAAAUGAAAAUCUGGAUGAAGUGCAGUACAAGUACAGUCAGAAGACUACGUCUCUGGGCAAGAUGAUUGAGGAUAACAAAAAACUUCACCAGGCUUACAGCGAAGAAAUGGACAGGAUGCAGCAUGCUGCAAAGGAUCAUGCUCGCAAAGUUUUAGAGGAGAGUGAAAGAAUGAAAUAUGAGUUGGAAUGUAAGAGAAAUGAACUUGACAGAUGGUCAAAGGAACUGAACGAGCGAGAAGCCUCAACUAUAUCUGAAAGAAGGAAUAUUGAGGAGGAGAAGAAAAAGAAAAACAAAUCACUCUACUUGGCAUCAAAGGAGCAGAUGAAAGCCAGAGAUAAUGUCUUGAGGCUGCUUGAAAAGCAACAGAGCGAGAAAAAAGAAGCCUUAGAAACAAUACUCAAAUUAGAAAAAGAACUGGAUGCCAAACAGAAACUGGAGUUAGAAAUUGAAAGAUUGAGAGGGCAUUUGAAUGUUAUGGAGUGUAUGGGAGGUGAAAAUGAUAAGAAAUUACAGAAGAAUACACAAGAAUUAGAAGAAGAAUUGAAUGACAAGGUUGAGGAGUUGGAAGGUUUGGAAGCGAUGAAUCAAACUCUUAUGGUGAAAGAGCGCGAGAGCAAUGAUGAACUACAAGCAGCUCGUCGAGAAACGAUUGCAGGUUUAAUAGGACAAUUGAGUGCUAACGCGGCUAUUGGGAUCAAGAGAAUGGGAGAAGUAAGUGCGAAGCCAUUUCAAGUGGCAUGCAAAAAAAAGUAUCCUGCAGCCGAAGCAUCGGAGAAGUCUGCCUUGCUUUGCUCCAUGUGGGAAGAGAACAUCAAGGAUCCCUGUUGGCAUCCAUUCAAAGUCAUUGAAAUUGAAGGAGACAGCAAAGAAAUAUUAAAUGAAGAAGAUGAGAAGUUGACAGAGUUAAGGAAAGAUUAUGGGGAAGAGGUGUAUUCGGCUGUGGUGACAGCUUUGAAGGAGAUAAAUGAGUACAAUCCUAGUGGUAGAUAUGUAGUGCCUGAGCUGUGGAACUUCAAGGAAAAAAGGAAAGCAACCUUAAAGGAAGUUAUAUGUUAUAUAGUCGAUAAGAUUCCCAAGAAGCGCAGGAGUCUGGUUAUGCAAAAGAAGGAUGUUUGCUGCACUAUCCAGGAGGCAGACUGGUUCUUUGCCUCUCGUAAAAGAGUGAAGGAUCUCUUGGUGCAGCAAGGGAUGGUGAAGACAUUGUAUGGAGUUCAACCGGAAAGUAUGGAUGACGCAACUUGGAAUGAGUUGGAAGAUAAGGCGGUAUCAACCAUUUGA